AUGACCGAGGACGCCAACAAGCGCAAGCGCGAUGCGGAUGACCAAGGCCAGACCAAGCCUCUGCCUCCAAUCGUACCUCAAAAUCAGCAAGGCCACGGCACGGGCUUCAUCAACUAUCUCACUCGAAGUACCACGGAAAGGCUGUUCCUUCUCCCAAACGACCCGGAGCCAUUCUUCGAGAUCCUGCGUAUCAUUGGCAGCUAUGAAGGUGUUCUCGAGCGUCAGGAAAGUCUCGCCUUGUCUUUGGGCGCCAAACUCCAUGGCCCACGUCUGGCGCGUGGGUUUGAGAGCUUUUUCGACGGCCCCAUCAAGACAAACCCACCACAGCAGCCGUUCGGGUCGUCCGCCGUGACCUGGCACAAUGUGUACUCGUUCUCGCGAACCAACCCGGAAGAGUUCGUCUUGGCGACCUUGCCGGAUGGCACGCGGUGCUGCCAGUUUAACUGGAAGAAUGGCGUGCAAGUGGAAAUUUCUGAGGACGAUUGGAGACUCAUCAUGUCUGGCUUCCUCAGCAGGAUACCGCUGGAAGACCCACUCGAGGAGGACGAGGCGGCCGAGCUAGAGACCCUGGAUCUGCUGGAACAAAGAGCUUCGAUGCUGUGGAGGCGAGCCGACGACGUGGCCGCCCGGUCGAGGAUUCUGCACCACAAGCUGGGGCAGCGCAGGCAGGACAUUAUGAGGAGGCGACCGCAGGCCGACGAAGCCUCCUCGCGGUUCCAGUCCAUCAACCAGACGAGCCGACCACCCUCGAGAGGCCCCGCGCCGUAUGACUUGCGAGCUGAUCUGCUGCAACAAUUCCUCUCACCGCCGACACCCACCACGGCUUCGCGGUCCACCUCGGGCGCAGGGUUGAGUCAGGGCCUGUCCUCCCCGGCCCUGUCCAGCGCAGCGCCGCAGCGCGUGCCCGCUGCCACCCGGUCGCCCUCGACCAUUGCGGCCGAUGAGGUACCUGUCGAUACUCUCCGUCCUCUGAUCACCCAGAAAAUCGACAAACUGCACCGUGGCGACCCCAUCAGCCCGGCCUGCGAUCGCUGCCGACGACUCAAGCUACAGUGCCUGAAGCACCUCACCGCCUGUCAGGGUUGCACAAAGAAGCACGCAAAGUGCAGCUGGCGGCAGGUCACAGAGGACGAAAUCGCGCGACUGAAGAGUGACGUGGGGUUCGUGGAGGAGGGAGAAUCGUCCUGGCUGUUACAUUCUCCACCACCGGGUAGCAACAGCGUUGGCGCACCUGGCAUCGGGGUCAGCAGUAGGAUCGAGCUACCGCCCAUCAACAAGAUACGCGCAAGUCUACCACAUGGUCUGGGCUUGAGCAAGGAGGACAGUGGGGGAGCGCAGCCCCCGGGACCGUCGUUUGGGGAGCGAUUUGGGAGACCGAGGCCUCCCUCGAGGUGA